UGCCAGCCGCUCUGCCAGCAGCAGCGCUGUCGCUCGCUGUACUGCUGCGUGCGAUCCUUUCCUGUGUGUGCGAAGUCAUCAAGGCCUUGUUUAGCCAGUGAUUUCAAGUUGUCCACCACCACCACAUCUCGGAAUUGAGUAAAUUUGCUUCAAGGAAACUCCAACUCGACGACUGGAACGCUUAAAUUUUGUCGGUGUGAAUCAUGGCUAACCGAGGUGGACCAGCCCAGCGGCCUAACCCGCAGACACAAGGCAAAAUAUGCCAGUUCAAACUGGUUCUCCUUGGUGAAUCAGCUGUGGGGAAAUCAAGCUUAGUUUUAAGGUUUGUCAAGGGUCAAUUUCACGAAUAUCAGGAGAGCACAAUAGGUGCUGCUUUCUUAACGCAAACCGUGUGUCUCGAAGAUACAACAGUUAAGUUUGAAAUUUGGGAUACAGCGGGGCAAGAGCGAUAUCAUAGCUUGGCUCCCAUGUACUACCGUGGAGCCCAAGCCGCCAUUAUUGUAUAUGACAUCACUAAUAUGGAUUCGUUUGGACGUGCCAAGGUCUGGGUAAAAGAACUUCAGAGACAGGCAUCUCCCAAUAUUGUAAUCGCUCUAGCAGGCAAUAAAGCAGAUCUUGCCAACUCAAGGGCAGUUGAGUGUGAGGAGGCCCAAACGUAUGCAGAUGAAAAUGGGCUUUUGUUCAUGGAAACAUCUGCAAAAACUGCAAAGAAUGUGAAUGAGAUCUUUCUUGCGAUUGCAAAGAAAUUGCCUAAAAACGAACAGGCAUCUGGAGCUGGCUCCACAAACCAAGGCAGGCGCCUUCAGGAAUUGGAUGGCUCUCCCAAGGCAGCGGGUAACUGCUGCAAGUGAUUCUGGGCUUUUAAGUCACACUUUUUGCCAGUUUUAUAAGGUAUGCUCUGUGGAGGCACUAGUGAGGCACUUCAAUUGGCCGCUUGCUCAGCUCGGAACAAAUUUAAGAAUGGAACAAUGACUGACAAUGAAUUCCAAUGGAUGGCCAUGUGAAUAAGUGAAGUCCUGAUCUGCCGUUGCCCUCAGCUGCUACCUUUCAUCAAGCCCCCUGCUCUGGUGGGCUGUCAUACAGUUUUUAAAAGAGACUGGCUUAAGUGCCAACAGCAAUUUUCUAGUGCAUUUUUUUCUGUGUACUGUGUGAAUAGUGAUGUUGAGGUUAGAAUGAUUACUAAACUUACCAUACUCAUUAUUGGUUAAAUUGUGAAAUUUUAAGUGAAGAGGUAUGCAGCCACUGAGAACUAUGUAUUUUUAAAACCGUGUUCAGUAAUAUUUUGGAUUGUUCUCAUUUUUGUCCCUGUAAGCCAGAAUUUUAGUCACCUGGGAUUUUCAGCUGUGAAAGAAAAAUAAUUAAUGUGCACCCAAAAGAACUUGCAAUGAUGCAGAUUUAUUGUACUUGGCACUUGCCCUGUCCAUUGUAUAUUACCAAUAGAUGCAAGGAUUCUGCAUUUUCUUAUGAAGUGAUGUUAUUUUGAUACAUGCAUCGUAGUGUCCCUUGAUGAGUUUUGUGAUUCUCUCAAGUGUCACUUUGAUGGUACCCUUUUUUCAUACUUUAUUGGUUUUUAAUUUAUUGUUAAUGGAAUAGUGAGAUGAUUGAGUUGACUAUGCUAGCAUGGAGCAAGCAGGGGUACUGUUUGGGAUUGUUCAUCAACUUUGUUCUUCACCGUUAUUGUCUGUAAGUUUUAUCAGAUUUGGUGCAGCUUCUGUUGAUAGGAGUAACAAGCUGUAGCACUAUUUGUAAGAAAUCAUUUGCACCAGGCAAAAAUAAGGCUGAUCAACCUGACUGUUUGCAAAACACUUCACUCAGGUUAAUGUUCCGCAUCAUCAAAUUUAGUCCCAAGCAUGGCCAUGAACCGUACUGAGAUUUAGAUGCAGUCUGCUUUGGUGGAAAAUGAAAGUGGCCUCUGCAUCUAAGGCUGGCAAAAUAAAUUUUUAAAAACCAAGCUUAGUUUUCCACCUAAAUUUUGUCAUUAUGUUGCAUUUGGUUAAUAAUGUUCACCUUCAUUUAUUCCGCUGGUGUGAAUGGAUGCGUUCUUGUGAAUUUGAGUGUGUGAGAUUUUUAUAUAUACAUGCAUAUAUAUAAUAUAUAUAUAUUAUAUAUAUAUAAAUAUUAUAUAUUAUACAGAGUAAGGGAAAGUCCUUAACUGAUUCCAUUCCCCCCAUUACUGGUUGCGAUAUUGUUGUUUUCACCCAUUUAGUAGUACAUUCUGUAUGAAGACCAAACUUUAUAAUUUGCUUUUGUCUUAAAAUCAUCUGGAUGCACCAGUGAGUCAAGAGCCUCAUGUGAUGUUUCAUAAAUCCACUUGUGUAAACAUGAUGGAUUAUCUAACCAAUUUCUGGCAUUUUUCAAAUGCUGUGAUUCUUCCCACCCAGCUAUACAGCACAUUGUCUUUUGCAAUUGUCUUUUAUAUUGUCUUUCUUUGGAUGUUGAAGGAGAGCAAAGAUCUGCAGGACAGACAUAAAUCUUCUCUUUACAACAUGCCAUUUUUUUUUAAGAAAAAAAAAAAGAAACUUAUGUGCAUAGCAGCCUUUUUGGGUAAUAGUUUAACUCUGUAAUUCCCUUCUUUCUUGUAUCAUAUCAGGCAAGAUAUAAUCCGUACAAUCUUCUCUCGGUUUUUUUAAAUUAUUGUUUUUAUGUUCUUUAUCUAGGUGUACAAAUUAGAGUUUAUGGUUGAUGUACAGUUUUAUGAGUUCUUUACGUUUUCAAAAUGUCAAAAUAAACUGGUAUCCCAUGAAGGCUCUGCUACAAGCAAUGUAUUAUAAUUAUUCAAAAGCUUGCUUAUCUUCUGUCUGCACAGAAAUUUAGAUUGUACAGGUAUAAAAUAAAGUUAUGAUGUAUGUAAA